AUGGCUAGAGGAGGGACAACGACCGUAGCGGGCGGCGUUGUCUCCGCCCCAGUUAGUUCUACGUCGGUCGAUUCCUCUCUCUCUGCUUCGCUUUCUUCCUCCUCGCUCUCCACGACUGCAUCUCUCCCCGCGGCCUCGCGCGCCGGCAGCAGGACCCCCGCCUUGCUCGCAGGAUCACCAGCGCUCGCUUCCGGCACAUCCCUCUGCUCGGCGCCCGCUUGUGCCUCCUCUUCCCCUCCCUCAUCUUCUUCUGGCUCUGCGGUGACCAUGGCGACGCCUGCGCGGUGGGCGGGGCUCGUCGCGACGACUCGCGGCGGCGACAAGGAUGACCGCGACAUCAAGUGGGAGAACUUUGUCGAGCUGGAUAACGCCGCGAAACGCCUCGCGAUCCUCCUGGAUUGGAAGGAAAAUAAAGCAAAUGGAUACCACAUGUCCGUGCUAGAUGACGCACGCCUGGAGGCCUUUUCGCAGUGGCUGGACACGUACCUGACCCAGCAGAAUGCAACAGGCCUCACCCGGUCAGAGAUUUUUCUCUCAAACAAUCGAAUCACGCACGCGGGGCUGGAUAAUCUGCUGACGACCCUGACUCGCCACAAGGUUGGAUGCCGCAUCAUGAAGCUCUACAGAAACAACAUCUCCGAUCCAGGCAUGGCAUCGCUGUCUCGGUACAUUACGGCGAUUCGCGAGCCGCUUCACGAGUUGCAUCUGUCGCACAACAAGAUCACGGCGCGAGGCGCGGCGACGCUUCUGCGGGCGGUCGCGGCGCACCCGGGCUACCCCCGCGUGGGACGGAAGGGCAAGUUGGUGCCGCUAUGGCUGCGGCUGGAGCAGAACGAAAUCACGCAGGUGAACAAGCUGAUGGUGUUUAUCCACUCCAAGGGCGUGGCCUUCUGCACAGAGAAGAACCGCGACCUCUGCGGCCCGAGCAAAUGCCGCCACGCGACCGCGACGUGGAGCCCGCUGGUGCAUCUCUACGUCAUCGACCACCAGACGCACGAACUCGGCGGCUCGGGCCUCCUCAUGGCUGAGGGGGCUGCGCCACUGCCGACCCUGUCGGGCUCCAGCGCCUGGGCGGGGAGCGGGCGCGCGGAGGACAAGCCCGAGGCACCCCGUGGCGAGGAGGCCGCUGCGCAGCAGGAGGGCGCCGCCAAGCGGAAGACCUCCGCCGCAGCCGACCAGUCGCCGCGGAAGAACUGCUGGGCGACUCGCAGCGAGGCGCUUCUGCUCUGUGGGAGCGCCAAGGGCUUGGAGGGGAAGCGCGCCGCCGACGACGCCAAGCGAGCGGGGGGAGAGGCUGAGGAAGACAAGCCGACCGACUCCGAGGGGGAGUCCGAGGGGUCAAGGACUUCCCGACAGGCGAUUGAGGCCUCUCGCUGGCGAGGGACGCAGCCGCGGCGAGCAGAGCCGCGCGGCGCAAAGGAGGACAAGUCCCUCCCCGCCCUCGACGCCUCAGACCACACUUCUUGGCCGGACAUCCGCAGCAGCGGAGGGCUGAGGACGGCGCAGCCUCUGCAGCGCGACGAGGACUCGUCGCCCACGCAGGCGCCCGCCCUAGACGCGCGGAAGGACAGCGAUGACCAGGCUGCUGGCGGGGCGCCGUCCGCCGCUGGCGCGGGCGACGAGGCCCCGCUCGGCGGCGACGCGAGUGGGCGCCGGCGGAAGAGCUCUUCUUCUGCGGCUGCAGCCGGCGCUGAGGCAGAGCCACGGGCGGCCGCGCAGGGCAGAGAGGAGAGGCGCGAAGCGAUCGCGAGCAGCAUCUGCGGAACCCCGUCUUUGUCGACAACUACCGCGCCUUCGACAGCGGGCGAAGACGCGAGCGGCGGAGUCGCCGGCGCGGCGUGUGCCUUCGAUCCGCAGAUGUUUCCUGCGCAGAGUUUUGCCUCGCUCUCCUCUUCGUCGGCCUCCUUGGGCUCCCUGGCCUCGCUGCCGGCUGCUGCGCGCCUCCCCCAGGGGUCGCUCGCGGGCGCCACCUCUUCGAAGGGCGAGGAGGAGGCCGAUCGCCAGAUGGAGCGGCGGAAGGCGGAGGCGGCGGAGAUCGGGGGAGAGCCCAGCCACGGGAGACGGCCGAGUGCCUCUUCGUGGUCGGCGCGCGGCGGCGAGCACGCCGCGGGGGGGCUGCUGUCCGCUGCGAAGCCCGCGAGUGCGGCGACUAGCCCGGGCACCAGACUCGAGGGAGAAGACCGCGUGAAGGAGGACUUCCCCUUCGCGCCGUUCUCGUCGUCGAGCGCCCCCCAGGCGCCGGCGUCGCUCGCCUUCCGUGCCUCGCAUGCGGUUCGCGGCGAGGACGAGUGGCGGCGCGGCUGGGAGAGCUGCGACCCGCCGGCGGAGAGCGCUCGGGGGGGCGAGCGCCCGCAGGCGCACGCGAGAGAGGCAGGGGCAUUUUCUGGCUUGGCGCCGCCGCCGGUCUACGAUCAUAUGCACGGGGACGCGGACGCCAAGCGCACGCUGUCGCCGUACGCGAGAGGCGGGGCGAGCGCGGCCAGCGAGCGGCGGGCGCUGCUGCCGGCGCCCGGAGACGCAGGAGCGCUUCGCGCGAGAGACCGAGAGCGCGACAGAGACGGGUGGGAAGACUUUCCGCCUGGGGGACUCCCCUCGCUCGCCUACGGCGCUGGGGGGAGGGAGAAGGGCGAGCGAGCCGAGGGCGCGCUCGCGUGCGGCGAUGAGAAGACCGUAAGGCGCACAGAAGCGAAGGAUAAAGCGAGGACCGACGCGCUCACAUCGGCCGCCGCGGGCGGGCUUUACGCGCCGGGCGACAACAAAGAGAACGUGGGCGCGUGGACGAAUCUCGAGGCGCAUCGGAGUGCAGCGCGCGCCUACGGGAGAGCAGCAGAGGAGGGGGGCGAAGGCGCCGGGGGAAGAGGCGCCGAAGCUGCCUCCGCGCCGCAUUUCGGCGCCCAGCAGCGCGAGGCUGGCGCGUUCUACGCUGCGUAUCCGCUUGAGCCUCCAGGUCUCGAGAGCACGCUGGCGGGCGCCGGAGGGAGGCGCAGGGCGACGACGCGCGGCGAAGGGGCGUAUCCGCCGCACGCGCCCGACGCCAAGGCCAAGGAAGUCGAUGAGCGAAGAACUCACGACCACCCGGGACCAUACGGCGCCUGUGCGCCUGCGCCUGCGGCGUAUCCCGCGGUGGCGCACACCAACGUGUACUCAGCUACCUCGUAUCGGCCCGGCGCGGCGCGAGGCGGCGACUACUACGCGAAGGACGGGGGGUGCGAGGAGAGUCGGCGCUGGCGGGAACGAGAGAGAGAGAGCGAGAGACGCGACACGCGUUUGCCGUCGGCGGACAUCUUCGCCGCGCUGCCACCGGAGACGCAGCGCGCGGCUGCUGCGGCGUUCGCAGCGCAGCUUGCCGCGAGGCGGAACGACGUGGAGCGGGCGGGCGGGCGGGUAGAGGAGGAGCUUUCGAAAAUCGAGGCGGACGUCGCGCGCGACGUGUUUCUUUCGAUUCUCGCGCAGCCGCCGCCUUCCGCGUCUGCCGCUGGUGAGGCAGAGCGCAGCGAGAUCCACGCCACGCGCGAUGACAGCCGCGGAGAGAGGACGACGGAGCUAGACGCGGCUUCGGUGCAGCACGGCGGCGCGCCCGCUUCCUCUUCCCACGCCGCGUUCGGGCAGCGGCAUCCCGCGGCCUUCGUGUCUGUCGCCGCGUGCGAGGAGUCGCGCCGGUGGACGACUGGCGGGGCGUACUACGAGGGACCGCGGAAGCGCGAGGAGAAGAGCGAGAAAACCGACCCGUUUGUGCCCUUCUUCUCGUCCGGGGGGGGGCGGGACGGCCCGAAGCCCGGCGACGGUGGUCGCCAGGGCGAGGGCGACCCCCUUCCCUCGCUGUCGGCGCUCCUGACGCCAGGCAGACCCGCCCCCCCGCAGGCGGAUGCCUUUUACACGUCGUCGGGCGAGGCACGGGACUCUCGAGACUGCCUUAAGACCGAUGCGAAGCAGGCGGCAGACGUCCACGAAGACCGCGCGAAGGCUUACGCCGCGGUGCACGGCGCCCAAAACAGCUACGAGGGCCCUUCGCCGGCAUUUGGCGGCGCCAAAGGCGCGGCAGAGGACGACGCGCGCGCGAGUGUGGAGGGUGCCGGCGGCGGCUUCGCGUACUCAGGCAGCGGCCUCGCCUGCGAGGCGGCGGCGCGCCGCGAGGAGGUGGAGAAGGGCGUCGUCGGCGUCCAGCGCGUCGAGUUUUCUCUGGCGGCCGCCGAAGGCCGAUGCAACACCAACAACAGCACGGGCUGUAGCGGGUGCUGCUACACGUCCUCCUCGCCGCACGACUGCGCCCACCCGGUGCCGUCGUCUUUCGCGGGCGGCACGUUCCCCGCGUUUCCGCCCUCCGCGGCGUUCGCGCACGCGGGCGUCGUCGCUGUGCCUCACUCGCGCUACGGCGCAGGGAGCCAGGCUGCCUCGUUGGCGCUCGCGGGGCGCGGCGGACCGGACGAAGAGAAAGACUGCCGCGUCUCCGCCGCAGAGGACCGCGGUGCGUUCUCGCCGGUCAUUCAGCCCAACUCGGUGUCGACGCGCGGCGGGCCUCGCGCGCCGCCCGAGCUGCCUUGCGGCUUCUCAUUCGCGGCCUUCUCAGCCGGCGAGCGCGACUUCUACGAUGCCUCUCGCCGCAGGACGGCGACCCAGGGAGGCCUUAAGGAGGAGUGCGAGAGAGAGGGGGCGCGCGAGCGCGAGGCAGGCAGUUACGUGGCUGACCGCAGCGAGGAAGCUCGUUUGCUCGAGGGAGCUGGAGCCCAGGGCGCCGCCGCGUCGCUUCCGUCCGCGUCUUCCUCCGCGUUCCCCUUCUCGUCCUUUUCCUCCUCGCCUUUGGCCGCAGGGGACUCGCGCUAUCCUCUGCCGCUGGGCUCUGUCGGGGCGCAGCGAAGCCAAGCGGCGCGGAUGUUUCCCGACGAGUAUCGCGGUCGCGGCGCUGAGGACAGUCGCGCAGUCUCCGACGCCGCGGCGCGGGCCUUCCUCCAGCACGGCGCCUUCUUGCCGUUCUCGCCGCAUAUCCUGGAUGAGAAGGCCGGACCCGACGCGGCGGCGAGCGCGCCGGCGCCCGCGCUCUUCGCCGCGCCCUACGGCGCGCAGAGAGAGGACGCGGAGGCCCGCGAGAGAGAGCGCGAGAGUGAGAGGGAAGAGCUGGCGCUGAUGCGCCUGCUGCGCGGAAAAAAGGAGGUCGGCGACCGGGGAGCUGGCGAGCACGAGGGCGGGCAGGGACGCGCGGCGUCUGCCGGCGGCUCCUACGAGUCUCCGCUUCUGCAGGACUUGCUUUUUUCGUCCUUCGCGGCCCCGGAUGCGGAGGCUGGAAGGAAGGGCCCCGGGGGCCGCGCGCGCGAGAGCGCCGAGGCGAAUCGGGGCGCGCUCCAUCGCCAGUUCGGGCAGACUCACGCGGGAAAGGAUUUGAGAGAAGACGAGAAGCGCGAGGAAAUGCAGUUCGCCGCACUCGAGGCCGCGUCGACGUACCCGCCGCUUCAGGAGCGGCCGCUGCUCGGCGCCGCCUACGCGCGAGGAGGCGGCUACGGGGCGCGAGACUGUGCAGGCGAAGGAGCCGAAGGCCGAGGCUGCGCCUCCCCCCUGCAUCCGCCUUCCUUCUCGCCGUCCUUUUCCGCGGUGCCGCCAGGAUGGGGCACCGCGAAAGACUGCGCCGAGGAGGUCUUCGCGCCGCCGUCUUCUUUUUUUUCGCAUCGGGACAAACACGCGAGGGAGCACGCGAACUUCCACGGCGAGGAGCGGCUGUACAUACACCAGGACGGCCGCGCGCAGAAGCCCGACAAGGAGGCGUCGUUCUUCGCCCCUCACGGCGCGGGCGGCCAGGAGUUGCGCUCUUAG